AUGCAUGACUCGCGCAGGGAACGAGAAAGGAAAAAAACCACUGAACUAUUUAACUUGAAGACUGGCGCGCUGGCCCUACCUGCUCUGUCCGCUCUGAUCCCACGGCCGGGGAAGUUCAUCCACUGUGACGUCUUUAAAGAGGAGCCCCGAGUUCCUCCGAGGUUCAGAGGAGCAGGCCGCCAGAUGUCCACGCUGCACUGGAGGCGAGAGGGGGAAAGCCGGUGGUAG